AUGGAGAAAGGCCGGCCGGUGAGUGCGGGGGCCGGGCAGGGCGGCGGCGGCGGCGGCCCGGGUUGCAGCAGCCUUCGGCGGGAAGCGGGAGGCCUGGACGCGGCGGGCGCUGGAGAGGUAGACUGCUCCUUCCCGGGGAGGCUCCUCUUGGGGUCCCGGCGCGGGCGCUUUGUGGCUCCUGCGACGAGGCCCCUUGGGGAGGGUUGGCUCGCCAAGCAGCCAGGGGAGGCCGGAGGAGGAGGGGAUGCUGCUUCCCCCCUGGAGACCCAGCUGGCCCUCGCAUGGCACUGGUUCCUGCGUGGCCAGGAGGAGCUGCGGAAACUGGAGGAGCUCCGGCAGCAGCUGGCAGAAGAGAUGCGAGAGGUGGAGAAUUACGUUGAUCAUGUCCGUACCUUGACCGAGGCACGGGAUGCUCUGGCGGCUGAAUACGAGAGGGAGAACGAACAGCUGAGGAUGGAAUUCACCCAGCUGCAGCUCGAACACGAGUCCCAGCACAAGGAGGUGGAAGACAUGCUGGGGCAGGAGGGCUUGCUCAGCAUCAUGCACAGCAGCCCCGGCGAACAGGUCGCCUAUCUGUUGGUGGAGAGGAGUGCCCUGCUGGAGAAGAUCGAGGCGCUGGGCGGCUCCCCCUGCCCGGGAAGGGCCUGCGUGGCUCCCCUACAAGGCGAAUUGAAUCAGUUCCAUCAGAGGUCAGAUGAGGAGCUCCACGAGCAGCAACAAUCCACGACCCACAUCAAAGCGACGAAGAAUAAAUCUCCCUCCGGAGAGCUGGCAGGAGGAAACACCAUCCAUGGGAGUGCUGAGCAAGGUUUGGAUGAAGCCCCAGGCAGGCUUCAGAGUGCCCAGGAUGAGAUCCCGGUGUUGAACGAGGAGCUGGAUGUGCCAAAGGGAGAGCAAGGGAGGCUGAGUGACUCGGUUGGACCAGGACCUGAGAUCUGGAAGGAAGAGAUGGAUACGGGGAAAGACAGGGCUGAGCGGCCCAUUGAACAGUUUGCUCCGUGUACAGACGCCAGAAGACAUCCCAUCUCGGUUCCAGAUCCCAUUCCUGGCGCUGCGUUGGAGAGAGAAAUCCUGCUGCUGCGUGACCGGCUUUGCUUUCUGGAGGCAGAGAGGAAAACCUCUCUGGGUGACACGUUGCCUGGCACAGACACAGCCGAAGACCCCGGAGGCUGCUUUGGGCACAUACACGUUUGCCUGUUCCUCAUUAAUCCCUGUUGGGUUCAGAUGAAUCUCUUCUCUAGGCUCCCAUUUCUGAUUUGGUCUGUCCCUCACUGGUUUUCUCGUCUGUUUAACCAGGAGCUGCACAACUACAAGUCAGAACUUCUCCAUCUGUAUGGCGAGCUCCAGGUGUUUCAAGGGGCAGCAGAGGAGAGGGAUUUUCUGCACCUGACUCAUGAGAAACUGCUGCAAAAGAACGCACUGCUUGAAACCAAGGUAUUGGAGCUCUCCCACGAAUGCGAACGCCUGAACCAGUGCAUGGUGGGAGAGAGGAAGAAACGGGAAGGGGUUUUGGCCAGCCGAUUAUCGUGCCCUGAGCCCCCAGUGAUGGCGCAGGUUUGUGGAGAGCAGAUCCUGAGCCAGGCAGGAGGCAGAGACCAAAAGCGCAUUCCACUGUUAGAAGCCAGCAAGAUGGGAGAACCAGAGAAGUGGGCCCAGGGCCAGCAGGAAGAGGAGGCCCAGCUCCUGAAGGACAUUCUCGCGCUGCAGCGUCAGCUGAGUGCCCACCGAGACACACCCGGGGCUGGCUUUGGGCUGGCUCAGCCCCGCGAGCCAUGGGUCUCCCUGGGGAGCGCCUGUGGUGACACGGAGCAGGGCCCCCCCCACAAGGAAGAGCUGCGGUGGCUGCGGUGGGACUCCUGGGGGGCCCAAGGCCCCUGCGGCUCUGCCGAGAAGCAGCUGCGGCUCGAACAGGAGAAGAGCUCGGAGCUGAAGAAGCAGAACCUGGAACUGCAGCAGGAGAACGUCAAGAUCCAGGCCGAGCUGAGGCAGGUGCAGGCGAAGCUUUCGGAGUCCUCCAAGGCAUGCGCGGCCCUCUCCUCGCAGGGGGAGCUUGGCCAGAUGAAGGUCAAGGAACUCGAGCUGCAGCUGCUUCAGCAGUCCCAGGCCAUGAAGCAGGAGGCCCGCCUGCGGGAGCAACUGGCCCAGGAGAGCGAGCGGGCAGCCAAGGCCGAGCAGAGGGUCCUGGAGCUACAGCAGAUGCUGGAUGAGGCUGGUCAGAAGGGACGGCUCUUGGAGACCCACACCACCGUGGGGAGGAAGCAGCUGGAAGAGGAGGCCAGGGAGAAGGAGGCGGAAGCCCGGCGGCACCUUCAAGAGGAGUGGAGGAAGCGGGUGCUGUGGGAGCAGCAGAGGGACGAGCAGCAGCAGCAGCUGAGGCGCUUGCGGGAGAAGGAGGCACAGCUGCUCCAGGCCCUGGCCGAGCGGCAGGCCCAGUGCCAGCAGCAGGAGGCCCAGCUGCGUGUCCUGGAAGAAGAGCGGAGGACCCUUUCCAAGGAGUGCCUGUGCUAUCAAGCCCACAGCCAGAAGCUCUCCGAGCAGCUCUCUGCCUUGCAGCAGGAGAAGGAGACGCUCUGUGACGAGCAGAGGCAGGUCCUGAAGCAGGUGGACAUCUCUCUCAGGAAAUACAAUGAGCGGCGCCUCCGCCACAAGGCCAGGCUCCGGCACACGAGGGAGGCGCUGCUGGGCGAGGUGAAGCAGCGCGACGGGCGCAUCCGGCAUCUGGAGAACGAGAUCCAGCUCUCUAAGAGCCAGGCGGAAAAGGACCAAACACUGAUCAGGCGGGUGACCAGCGAGAACGAGGGCCUGUUCCGAGAGAAGCGGAAGAUCCUGCAGCAGCUGCACCGCCUCGAAGAGGCUGGGGAGAGCAGCGGCCAGAUUCUCUGCGCCGUUCAGAGCAGAGUCCAGCUGUUGGAGGGGGAAAACAAGCAACUCCAGGACCGGACCCUCCAGCUGAGCCUGCAGGUCGGGAUCCUGGAGCGGGCCCUGCGGACUAUCCACGUCCACAGCCUGGAGGACCUGAAAAGCAUCAGCUUCCCCGAGGGUCUGCUGCAGAGGAAGCUGCUGCCCUUCCCCAGCUUCAGCUUCUCAGUGACCGAGCUUUCGGACUCCUGCAGCCUUCGGCCAGCCAUCAAGGACAGGCAGCCCUCCGAGCCCGUGCAAAGGGCCCUGCUCUCCCCUCUCGCCUUCCAAACGUCUGAGAUCAGCUACUUGAACAUCACCAUCCCGAGAAGCCCAGCCGACCCGCGCAAGGAUGAGCCCGGCCGUCCCGUCUGCUGCGACCGGGUCUGAAGGGCCCGGCAAAGGUUGAACAGCGCAACCGCCUGGACGCGUCUUCCCACCUGCGGCUUGUUUUCUACCAUGCACCAGACUGCCUUUUGAGAUGUUUUGUUUUUUUUAAAAAAGGAAAAAACAUGUCAAAUGUACUUUUUAAACAAUAAUUAUUUCUUUGUACAA